AUGAUGGGAUUAAGGAAUUCAACUGCCUUGCCUGGUGGUCUUCUUCUUUUAACUGUUGCACUUUUGCUAUGCCAUGUGGACAAAGUACAUACAGAACAUCAACCUGAAGAAGCCAAUUAUUCAAAAGUAUGUUCUGGUUCCUAUAUCUGUAAGAAAGGUAUAAUUUUGCCAAUUUGGGAACCUCAAGAUCCUUCAUUUGGUGAUAAAAUAGCAAGAGCUACUGUAUAUUUUGUGGCCAUGGUAUACAUGUUUCUAGGAGUGUCUAUUAUAGCAGAUCGUUUCAUGUCAUCCAUAGAAGUUAUUACAUCCCAAGAGAGAGAAAUAACAAUCAAGAAACCCAAUGGUGAAACCAGCAAGACAACAGUAAGAAUUUGGAAUGAAACUGUUUCGAACUUAACAUUGAUGGCUUUGGGCUCUUCUGCACCUGAGAUCCUCCUAUCUGUCAUUGAAGUGUGUGGCCAUGGCUUCAAGGCAGGAGACCUUGGGCCAAGCACUAUUGUAGGAAGCGCUGCCUUUAAUAUGUUUGUCAUUAUAGCCCUUUGUGUUUAUGUUGUCCCUGAUGGAGAAAUCAGGAAGAUUAAGCAUCUUCGUGUGUUUUUUGUGACUGCAGCUUGGAGCAUUUUUGCCUAUACUUGGCUGUAUUUAAUUUUGUCAGUUAUGUCACCUGGAAUAGUAGAAGUCUGGGAAAGUUUGCUCACUUUCUUCUUUUUUCCUAUCUGUGUGGUGUUUGCAUGGGUUGCUGAUCGAAGGCUUUUAUUCUACAAGUAUGUCUACAAGAAGUACAGAGCUGGAAAGCAGAGAGGCAUGAUAAUUGAACAUGAGGGUGAAGGGCCACCAUCUAAAGCUGAUAUUGAAAUGGAUGGAAAGAUAGUUAAUUCCCAUGUUGAAAGUUUCUUGGAUGGCACUCUGGUCUUAGAGGUGGAUGAGAAGGAUCAAGAUGAUGAUGAAGCAAGGAGAGAAAUGGCUAGAAUCCUGAAGGAAUUGAAACAGAAGCAUCCAGACAAAGAGAUUGAACAGCUAAUAGAACUAGCUAAUUAUCAAGUUCUGAGUCAGCAACAAAAGAGUCGCGCCUUUUAUCGUAUUCAGGCUACUCGGUUAAUGACUGGAGCUGGCAACAUAUUGAAGCGACAUGCAGCUGACCAAGCACGAAAAGCUGUCAGCAUGCAUGAGGUCAACUGUGAGGUGGCAGACAAUGACCCUGUCAGUAAGGUCUAUUUUGAGCAGAGCACCUACCAGUGCCUUGAGAACUGUGGCACAGUAGCUCUAACAGUUGCCCGUCGAGGUGGUGAUUUGACCAAAACAGUCUUGGUUGAUUUCAGAACUGAAGAUGGUACAGCCAACGCAGGGUCUGAUUACGAGUUCACUGAAGGGACAGUGGUAUUUAAGCCAGGUGAGAUACAAAAAGAAAUAAGAGUUGGCAUAAUUGAUGACGAUAUAUUUGAGGAAGAUGAGAAUUUCCUUGUUCACCUCAGUAAUGUGAAAGUGUCAGAACAAUCUGAAGAGGGCAACCAUCUUACAACUGUGGCUUGCCUGGGAUCACCUGCUACAGCCACAGUUACAAUCUUUGAUGAUGAUCAUGCUGGCAUAUUUACUUUUGAGGAACCAGUCACUCAUGUAAGUGAGAGUGUGGGGACCAUGGAGGUGAAAGUGCUACGGACAUCUGGAGCUCGAGGAAAUGUUAUUGUGCCGUACAAAACAAUUGAAGGCACAGCCAAGGGAAGCGGAGAGGACUUCGAAGACACCUGUGGAGAGCUUGAAUUUCAGAAUGAUGAGAUUGUCAAAACGAUAUCUAUCAAAGUAAUUGAUGAUGAGGAGUAUGAGAAAAACAAGACCUUCUACAUUGAAAUUGGGGAGCCCCGUCUGGUGGAGAUGAGUGAAAAGAAAGCCCUGUUGUUGAAUGAGCUUGGUGGCUUCACAAUUACAGGGAAAUGUUUGAAUGGCAAGCCUGUCUUCAGGAAAGUUCAUGCUAGAGACCAUCCCCUUCCUUCUACUGUAAUCAACAUUCAAGAGGAGAACGAAGAGAAGCAGCCUCUGACAAGCAAAGAAGAGGAAGAACGCCGCAUUGCUGAAAUGGGGCGCCCCAUUCUGGGGGAGCACACAAAGCUAGAAGUGAUUAUUGAAGAGUCCUACGAGUUCAAGAACACUGUGGACAAGCUUAUUAAGAAGACAAAUCUAGCUCUUGUGGUUGGAACUAACAGCUGGAGAGAACAGUUCAUUGAGGCUAUCACUGUUAGUGCUGGAGAGGAUGAUGAUGAUGAUGAAUGUGGCGAAGAGAAGCUACCAUCCUGCUUUGAUUAUGUGAUGCACUUUCUGACCGUCUUCUGGAAAGUCUUUUUUGCCUUUGUUCCCCCAACAGACUACUGGAAUGGUUGGGCUUGUUUUGUAGUGUCCAUCAUCAUGAUUGGCCUUCUCACAGCUUUCAUUGGGGAUUUGGCAUCCCAUUUUGGCUGCACAAUUGGCCUGAAGGACUCUGUAACUGCGGUCGUAUUUGUUGCAUUGGGAACUUCAGUACCAGAUACAUUUGCCAGCAAAGUAGCAGCAACACAAGAUCAAUAUGCAGAUGCUUCCAUAGGUAACGUGACUGGUAGCAAUGCUGUGAAUGUUUUCCUGGGAAUCGGCGUAGCCUGGUCCAUUGCUGCAAUCUACCAUGCAGCCAAUGGGGAGUCAUUUGCAGUCAACCCAGGCACCCUGGCUUUCUCUGUCACCCUCUUCACUAUAUUUGCUUUUAUCAGUGUUGGUGUGCUCCUCUACCGGCGAAGACCAGAGAUUGGAGGUGAGCUAGGUGGGCCACGGACUGCCAAGAUUCUGACCUCAUCCCUCUUUGUGCUGCUCUGGCUCUUGUACAUAUUUUUCUCAUCUUUGGAAGCCUACUGCCACAUAAAGGGCUUCUAA